CCCCCGCUGCCGCGGCGGCGCGGGCGGGCGCCUCCGCAUGGGCACGCUGCUGAGCCGGCAGAGCUGCCAGGCGCGGCUCCGCAGCGCCGAGGGCAUGAGCCUCGCCGAAUUCCUGUACCCCGCCCUGCAGGCAUACGACUUUCUGCACCUCCACCAGAACCACGGCUGCCGCAUCCAGCUGGGGGGCCACGACCAGAUGGGAAACAUCAUGUCCGGAUACGAGCUCGUCACCAAGAUGACAGGAACAGAUGUAUUUGGAAUUACUGUACCUCUUAUUACCAGUACUACUGGUGAUAAACUGGGAAAGUCUGCUGGAAAUGCAGUUUGGCUGAACAGAGAUAAGACUUCUCCAUUUGAGCUGUAUCAGUUUUUUGUCAGACAGCAAGAUAACAUAGUUGAAAAAUACCUGAAACUGUUCACCUUCCUUCCUCUUGAGGAGAUUCACCACAUCAUGGAAAUGCAUGCUAAAGAACCUGAGAAAUGGGGCGCUCAGAAACGACUGGCUGCAGAAGUAACUAAGCUUGUGCAUGGUAAAGAGGGGCUGGAAUCUGCUAAGAGGUGCACUAAGGCCCUUUAUUACAGCAGCGUGGAGGCACUGGAAGAAAUGUCUGACCAAGAGUUACAGGAACUUUUCAGGCAAGCUACUUCUGCUGAAUUGAUGCUUGAACCUGGGAUGACUGUUCUUGACUUGUGCCGCAAAGCAAAUGCCAUUCCAGAUGGACCUAGUGGGUACCGGAAAAUUACAGAUGGAGGUGUUUCAAUAAAUGGGAAUCGUGUAACUGAUCCUGAGACUGUUCUUAUUCUCGGGCAGCAUGUUCUGAAGAACGGAGUAUCAUUACUUAGGGUUGGAAAGAAAAAUUAUUACAUUAUAAAAUGGCUGCAGUUGUGACAACGGAGUAUGUCCCUAAAAUGACAGGUCUCUAACUCUGCUGUGUGAAGAUGUACUUGCAAAUAUUUCUGUACUGUGCAGCUCACAGACUUUUUCAAAAUGUACCAGAGUUCAAAUAAAGGACCUGAGUUACACCAC